GCGAGGCGAAGUGAAACUGAUCCGCGAGCCCUCGGAGAAGUUGCUGCAGCCGACCGGCUCGUUCUGAACCUGACCCGGGAAGAACCGCGUGCGUCAGAACCUCCAAGACCUCUUCGGUGCUCCGAGGACUGUCAGUAUUACCCGGUUUAAAGGAGAACAGCGGAGACAGGCCCCGGUAGUCGCGUUGAUCGUGUUGUUUGUGAAGCGGCGGAUUUCCCCCCUCUGCUGUAACAGCCGUUGAAACACAGCGAUGCCACACAAACACAGAUCCAAGUCGUGGGCGACUCUGAAACAAGCCGGGAACGAAUGUUUCAGGACGGGUCAGUACGGAGACGCCACGGCUCUUUACAGCCAGGCCAUCAAGGAGCUGGACAAGGCCGGUAAGAAGAACACGGAGGAUUUGUCCAUUUUGUACUCGAACCGUGCAGCCAGCUACCUGAAGGAUGGAAACUGUACCGAAUGUGUGAAGGACUGCGACACGUCUCUGGAGCUGGCACCUUUUAACAUGAAGUCUUUGCUUCGGCGUGCUGCUGCUUACGAAGCUCUGGAGCGCUACAGGCAGGCCUACGUCGACUACAAAACGGCUCUGCAGAUCGACUGCACCGUCGCCUCCGCUCACGACGGCACCAACAGGAUGACGAAGGCGCUCGCAGAGGCAGACGGACCGUCAUGGAGAGAAAAGCUUCCUCCCAUCCCGACCGUCCCGCUGUCCGUGAGGGAAAAGUUCGCCCAACGAGCCGCAGACGGCGCUGCACAACCGAACGCUGCGCAACCGAACGCUGCGCCGCAGCAGAACGGCAUCAAGCAAACGAGCAAACCUGCUCCGAGUGACAAAGACGUAAAGAAAGCUCAGGCUCUGAAAGAAGAAGGCAACUCUCUGGUGAAGAAAGGAGAGCACAAGAAGGCCAUCGACAAGUACAGCCAGAGCCUCAAACUCAACCCCAACGAGGCGACGACGUACACCAACCGGGCGCUGUGCCACCUGUCAGUGAAGCAGUACAGAGACGCUGUGAAAGACUGCGCCGAGGCUCUCAGGAUGGACAGCAGCAACGUGAAGGCGCUCUACAGGAGGGCGCAGGCUCACAGGGAGCUCAAGGACGUCAAAGCCUGCGUGGACGACCUGAACAGUCUGCUGAGCGUGGAACCAAAGAACGUGGCCGCCCUGAAGCUGCUGCAGGAGGUGCAGAAGAAGAAAUGAGAAGACGUCCGGGGCUGUGCAGGCAGCGGCGAGGAUCCGUCGCUGCGCCGGCGGCGCUGCUUCACCAGCCAGUGUCUUCGAACCCGACGCUCGAAGGAACCAGAUCUCGGCCUUGUCCGGUUGGUUCGUACCGAGCUCAGCUGCGGAUGAAGACACUUUCAUUAUUUAUGGUUAUUUAUGCUAGCAGAAAUCAGCGACGCAUUCUAAUAAUUCAAAGAAGAAACCUUCAUGAUCCUCACGGAGACGCCUGAAGUUCAGCCGACAGGAGCCGAGGACAGAUUUUUAUUUAGGAACAGAAAUUAAAUAGAAACAUUAAAAAACUCCAAAAAUCACUGAUCUUUGAAGAUUCAGUUCUUAAACUCAACAAAUUCUCCAACCUCCCAUCAAAAGACUCUUGUAUUAAUUAUAUAAUAUCAAAAGUAAGCAA